GGGGGGGGGAGGGGGGCGAGGGGGUGGAAAUCUCCUAGAAGAAAUUGAAAUCUUGCUGGGGUUGUACGGCGCGGGAGAAGGACGGCGGAACCGGGGCGAGAAGGGGAGAUGAGCCGCUCUCGGUGACUGGCGGAAGGACUCGAGAUUUGCCACUUUUCGGGAAACCCGAAGGUUGGUUUGUUAUCAAACUUGUUUCUCCCCUUUUCUGGGUUAUGCUAAAUCCCUCAGCAUUAUUACAGAAAACCCAAGUGUUGCCCACGUGUAGCUAGCUGGUGGCUUUGCCUUUUUUUUUAAGGUAGUUUUUCCUCAACAAACUGACAGAUUUUCCUCCCUUCACCCGGAGGCUUUUGAGAUCUGAAACUGAAAUGGAGCUACUUUUCUCCCAAACACUACAUGUUGUAUAAGGGGAGGCAGGACGAAAACAUCGUGUUUACUGAUUUCGAUACGACUCCCCGACACUCGGCACCCACGGGGGAUGCAUCACGGAGCUUGAUGUGGAAAAGAGUUGGAGUGUGCUCAGAGACUUCGUCGUGUCCAGCAGCUUAAUUGUUGACUUUUUUUUUUUUUAAAGUGGAUUCGUAGCAUACUUUCAUGAAUUAAAUUUUGCCACCGUUUGUACAGAAGCCAAAUGACACGUGUGUUUUGAAACACGGUUCCAAAUAUAUCCAUCCCUCGACCCGGAUUCUCGCUAGAAAGAGCCGGAGGGAGAUCGUCAGCGUCUAAACAAAUCUGAUUUUACUGUUUUAUGAACAUUAUCUGCUGCAGAAAUGUUGCUAUAGAUUGCUUUAUAACGGUUCAGCAAGAAGGGAGAUUUUUUCCAGCUUGCAGGACCCAGGAAACUGGAUACUUUAAGUCACUUAAAUGUUUUAACAGCAUUGGAAAAUGGGAGCUGCUACUAAGUUGGCGUUCGCUGUUUUUCUUAUCUCUUGUUCUUCAGGUGCCAUACUUGGCAGAUCAGAAACACAAGAGUGUAUCUACUACAACGCUAAUUGGGAAAAAGACAAAACAAAUCGCAGUGGUAUUGAACCUUGUUAUGGUGAUAAAGAUAAAAGACGACACUGUUUUGCUACCUGGAAGAAUAUUUCUGGAUCAAUUGAAAUUGUGAAGCAAGGUUGCUGGCUAGAUGACAUCAACUGUUACGACAGGAAUGAUUGCAUAGAGAAGAAAGACAGCCCCGAAGUGUUUUUCUGUUGUUGUGAAGGCAACAUGUGUAAUGAACGCUUUUUCUAUUUCCCAGAAAUGGAGGUCACGCAACCAACUUCCAAUCCGGUUACACCUAAGCCACCUCUGUUCAAUACCUUGCUUUAUUCAUUGGUGCCUAUAAUGGGAAUCGCCGUGAUUGUACUCUUUUCAUUUUGGAUGUACAGACAUCACAAGCUAGCGUAUCCUCCGGUACUCGUUCCAACCCAGGAUCCUGGACCCCCGCCGCCUUCACCGUUGAUGGGUUUGAAGCCAUUGCAGUUACUAGAGAUCAAAGCUAGGGGAAGAUUCGGUUGCGUUUGGAAAGCUCAACUACUAAACGAGUAUGUUGCAGUCAAAAUAUUCCCUAUUCAGGACAAACAGUCAUGGCAGAACGAAUAUGAAAUUUACAGUCUACCUGGAAUGAAGCACGACAAUAUUUUGCAGUUCAUUGGUGCAGAGAAACGAGGCACCAGCAUUGAUGUGGAUCUCUGGCUAAUUACAGCGUUUCAUGAAAAGGGUUCAUUAACAGACUUUCUCAAGGCGAAUGUGGUUUCUUGGAAUGAGCUGUGUCACAUCGCUCAGACUAUGGCUAGAGGCUUGGCUUAUCUUCACGAGGAUAUACCCGGGCUAAAAGACGGGCACAAACCUGCCAUCUCACAUAGGGACAUCAAAAGCAAGAAUGUGCUGCUGAAAAAUAAUCUUACAGCUUGUAUUGCCGAUUUCGGUCUAGCUUUAAAGUUUGAGGCUGGAAAGUCUGCAGGGGAUACACACGGACAGGUUGGUACACGAAGGUAUAUGGCUCCCGAGGUACUAGAAGGUGCUAUAAACUUCCAAAGGGAUGCGUUUUUGAGAAUAGAUAUGUACGCCAUGGGAUUAGUCCUCUGGGAACUGGCUUCUCGCUGUACUGCCUCGGAUGGCCCAGUAGACGAGUACAUGUUGCCGUUUGAAGAAGAAAUUGGCCAGCAUCCCUCCCUUGAAGACAUGCAGGAAGUUGUAGUUCAUAAAAAGAAGAGACCUGUUUUAAGAGAGUGUUGGCAAAAACAUUCUGGCAUGGCGAUGCUUUGUGAAACCAUAGAGGAGUGCUGGGAUCACGACGCGGAAGCCAGGCUGUCGGCGGGUUGCGUGGAAGAACGGAUUAUUCAGAUGCAAAAACUCACUAACAUUAUCACGACAGAGGACAUCGUGACUGUGGUCACAAUGGUGACCAACGUUGACUUUCCUCCCAAAGAAUCCAGCCUAUGAUAGUCGCACCGGCCGUGGCGCUGACCGCCGGGACUCUUCGCUGGAGCUGCUGAAGCGUCGGCACCGCUGACGGCGUCGCUGGGUGCAAAGAACGGUAAGUCUCUCCGGAACAUCAGCAAGAGGUGGUUGGUUUUUGGUUUGGUUUGGUUUUUUUUUUUUUUUUGUUGGUUUUUUUUUUUUUUUUUUCUCCUUUAUUUUCCCCCCCUUCCUCCUCCCGACCGUGGAUCCAUGAGACUUUUUGCAUUCCCCGCUUACACCUGAAGGACGUGUGUGACUGAGAAACGAGAACGCGCUGUUGAGGAGCUUAAAUGAAGAAUUAUGGACCUGGACUGGCUAAUCAAGCGUUUUAAAAACUGACAUCAGAUUUCUUAAUACCUGUCAGAAGAGACUAAUUCCUUAAAUGAACUACUGUUAUUUUUUUUAAAUCAAACAUUUCAUUUCAGAUUUAAAAAAAAAAAAAAAAAAAAAGAAAAAAAAAAAGAAAAAAAAGGGUAACUUGUUUUUAUUGCAUUUGCUGUUGUUUAUAUAAAAAUGACUAUUGUAAUGCCAAUAUGACACAGCUUGUGAAUGUUUAGUGUGCUGCUGUUCAGUGUACAUAAACAAAAGUAAUCAAGUGGGAUAUAGCAAAGAGGCUUCCAAGUAUUACUUAACCUCCCUCAACAAGGUAUACCUCAGUUCCACCUCCGCUAAAUUAUGAGAUUGACAACACUAACAAAAUUUGAAUAAUAAAUCGAUCCAUGUUUUGUAAAUGA